AUGAUGAAGUUGUUCCGAACGCCCGUCAAAGAGGCUUACAAGGAUCUGGGGGUGCAGCGCUACCAGAUCUUCACAAUGAGCGAGAAGAAACCAGGGGUUACGAACGCUGCAAAAGUGCGGAGUCUACUAGCUGCGUACUUAGAGCCUCUACAACCACCGCCUCCAAAUUUCGAGAAAAAGCAGCAAAUGUACAACAAGGGAAGACCGUACGCUUCUUCCGAGAUUGCGUCGGACCCCCUGUAUGCAGCCCCUACGGAUAAAGAAGAGCGCCACGCGAAGGAAGCUUAA